AUCGUAGACCUGCAACGACAUCGUUUCACUGCAAAGUAAAGAACCCGAUUAUUUGAAAGAGCACGAAAUGCGCACAGUGGAAGGAAGCCCCCUCAGAGUGAGAGCUUCUUGACGUAUCGCAUGCAGGGGGAUGGGAAUCUGGUGGGCUCGUCGACAUCUAUAAUAACGAAAAGAAAGAUAGCUAACCUACGUUGUGAUCUUCAAACGGAAUCUUAACCAUACGACCUAAGUUGGAUGCACAAGAUCGAUGAAGAAUUGAAAUACCGGAAAAGAGUUUGGAGAUGUAUCUGAAUUCGUUGCAGCAGUUUUGUUUAACUGGAAGGGAGGGAAAGGUUAUUCGGCGUUGAAUCGGUGUGAAUAACAUUAGAUGCUCGAGGUUGAAGAGGCCAAAUUCUAGGGUUUAAAGUGGAGAGCUCGAAAGAGAGGAGGUUGUUUUUCCCCGAGGGUUUCAGGUUUACAAAGAAAGACGGACUCAGACGUUGAGCUUAGAGAAGGCAAAAAAACUGAGGGCUGAAAUCAUAGGAAAGAGGAGAGAGAGCUGAAAUUGAGAAGAAAAUUCGAGAAGCAGCUGCAAUUUAAAGGAGAGACUGUUCUGACGGAGAAAGCCGAUUGAGGGAAGAGGUUUCUGAGUACUGUUCAUUCGCGAAUAUCAGCAGCAGCGUUCUUCAUGAACUUGGAGGGUCGCACUCUCACCAUUGGUACCUUGAGAAGAAGAUGUGUUUGUGUGACAAUAACUCUCCUAAUCAUUUCUUCUUGUGGUGCUCGGAGGGGAGAAGAUUGGAGGGCACUAUUUAUUUUGUUGAAAAGUCAUCAUUUUCUUCAUUUUGGAGAGAGGAUCUGGGGGCUUUUAAUAGGCUGAUCCGUCCUUGUAAUAUUCUUGCUUGUGUGCUCAGUAUGUAUUGAGUUAUCGGAGUGAUUGUGACACUUUCAAAGAACUGUAAUUAUUGGGUGUGACAUUCCUUUUCCAAUUCAGAUUUGCAGGCGACCAAACAGGGAUUAUAGCACCACAAGCAUAAUCCCUUUCUCUCUUCAAGGUCUCAAGAAAGAUUUCAUAGUUGCUAGAGUUCCUAAUUUCCAGUGACAACGCUUGGAGGCCUAUAAUGCAGCAAGUGCAACAGUUACAUCAGCAACAACUGCUGCCACCUCAGACGGCAGCCAUGGUGAAUUCUCAACAGGCUCCUGGAGGAUCUUCAUUGGAGGCACCACCCAAGCAGGUGGCACUGGCAAUGGAACGGCUGGGACAAGCAGCUAGGCACAUUGCAGACAUCCGGCUCGGUGCUGAUCGACUUCUUGAGGCUCUGUUUGUUACAGCUCAGCCUCACCAUAGCACCAAGCCGCACAACGUCUUCCUCAAAGAAGAUGCCUCCAUGCGCCAGCACCUCCAGGACCUCCGCACCAUUGGAAGGCAGCUAGAGGAAUCAGGGGUGCUAAAUGAGUCUCUUCGUUCACGAAGUAAUUCAUGGGGUCUGCACAUGCCACUGGUGUGUCCAGAUGGUGCAGUUGUUGCCUAUGCAUGGAAGAGGCAACUUGCUGGGCAGGCUGGUGCUUCUGCUGUGGACAGGACUAGGCUGGCUCUCAAGGCCUUCACAGAUCAGAAAAGGCGAUUUUUUCCUCACCUUGAUGAUAGAUUGACUGGUCAAAAUAAUGAUUUGGUGUCAAAAAAACAUUGUGGUUUGCAAGUGCUACCAGAAAAUAACCAAGAUGAGCUUACUGAUUGCAAAACGUUAUCAUACAUCCUUGCACACUUGGAGAAAGAGGUGUCAAAUCUGAAGGUUUCAACUUAUGAGCGCCUGGAUUGGUUGAAAAGAGCUUCUAUGCUGCCUGGUUCAGUGGAUGAGACUCCUAUGGAAACACCAAAACAUAGUUUUCACAGUCCAAUGAAACUAAGACUAGGAUCACAAAAUGCAGUUGCUGCAGAUAAGAUUGCUGUAAUUGAGUUGGUUUUUCCUUCUGUAUUUAGAGCUGUAAUCUCAUUACAUCCAGCUGGUUCUAUUGACCCAGAUGCAGUAUCUUUCUUUUCCCCAGAUGAGGGAGGGAGCUAUAUACAUGCAAGGGGAUUUUCAGUUUACCAUGUAUUUAAGCAUAUUACUGAGCAUGCUGCUAUGGCCUUGCAAUAUUUCCUUGGCGCCAGGACUGAAACAGCUCUCAGUUCCCUUUUGCGCUGGAUCUGCAGCUAUCAAAGUCUUUUUAAUAAACCUUGCAGCAAGUGUGGUCGGCUACUAGCAAUGGACAGAAAAUCCGCCUUGCUUUUGCCCCCCGUCUAUCGUCAUUACCGCGACUUUUCUAUGUCAAAAACCUCACCAGGCCAACCCUUUUCUUCUGCUGAGGAUCAGAGUUUGGAGGCACCUGGAGCUUAUCAUGUUGGUUGCUUUUCAGAAGAAACAUAGCUGCAUCCAUUAGCCAUGCUAUUAAUAUGUCCUCAAUGCUCUUCAGGUAGGUGAGAAAAUUGAAAGUUUAGAAGAAAUAGAAUUCUUAGAGCCGUAACCUUGGGAUGUUUCUCUAUCUUCUUUUUUUUUUUUUUUCUGAAAGAAAAAUCUUUGGCUAGUUGUAAAUCGCUCGCUAGAUUGCUGUCAUGUAAAAUAAUUGUUUUCUUUUGCAAAUUGAAUUUUAAUAUUUGUGUUUGAAUAUUUUCUUCAAAAGAAGAAGUAGAUGUUAAAGAUAAUGGAAACAUGUACUCA